UAUGGAAAUCUAGCAAGUGGGAAGGCCAGCGCGGCCUCGAGCCCUUGCCACCAUGAGCGGGACCUUAGCGAAGAUCGCGGAGAUCGAGGCCGAGAUGGCUCGGACUCAGAAGAACAAAGCUACAGCACAUCACCUUGGGCUGCUUAAGGCUCUACUUGCUAAGCUUCGAAGAGAACUCAUUGCUCCAAAAGGUGGCGGUGGUGGUGGGCCCAGAGAAGGUUUUGAUGUGGCCAAGACAGGUGAUGCUCGAGUUGGAUUUGUGGGUUUUCCAUCUGUGGGGAAGUCAACUCUGCUAAGUAACCUAGCAGGAGUUUAUUCUGAAGUGGCAGCCUACGAAUUUACUACUUUGACCACUGUGCCUCGUGUCAUCAGAUAUAAAGGUGCCAAGAUCCAGCUCCUGGAUCUCCCAGGUAUUAUUGAAGAUGCCAAGGAUGGGAAAGGUAGAGGCUGUCAAGUCAUUGCAGUGGCCCGCACUUGUAAUUUGAUCUUGAUUGUUCUGGAUGUCCUAAAACCUUUAGGACAUAAGAAGAUAAUUGAAAAUGAGUUGGAAGGCUUUGGGAUUUGCUUGAACAGCAAACCCCCCAACAUUGGCUUUAAGAAGAAAGACAAGGGAGGCAUUAAUCUCACAGCCACAUGCCCUCAGAGUGAACUGGAUGCUGAGAUGGUGAAGAGCAUUCUGGCUGAAUACAAAAUCCAUAAUGCCGAUGUGACUUUCCGUAGUGAUGCCACAGCUGAUGACCUCAUUGAGGUGGUAGAAGGAAACAGAGUUUAUAUCCCGUGUAUCUAUGUAUUAAAUAAGAUUGAUCAGAUCUCCAUUGAGGAAUUGGAUAUCAUCUAUAAGGUGCCUCACUUGGAGAAGAUCUGGGACUAUCUGAAACUAGUGAGAAUUUACACCAAACCCAAAGGCCAGUUACCAGAUUACACCUCUCCGGUGGUGCUGCCCUACUCAAGGACCACAGUGGAAGAUUUCUGCAUGAAGAUUCACAAAAACCUUAUCAAAGAAUUUAAAUAUGCUUUGGUCUGGGGUCUCUCUGUGAAACACAAUCCUCAGAAAGUGGGGAAAGCCCAUACGCUGGAAGAUGAAGACGUCAUUCAGAUUGUGAAGAAGUGAAACCUUG